CCGGUCAUGAUGUCCGCUUGCGAAGAACAAAAGAUGAAGAAGCAGGCAAGAAAGGGUGACAGCCGCAGCGGCUUCGUCGGCGUGAGGCAAAGGCCGUCAGGGCGGUGGGUGGCGGAGAUAAAGGAUUCAUCGCAACGUAUCAGACUAUGGCUCGGCACAUUCGACACGGCGGAGGAAGCGGCGCGAGCCUACGAUGAGGCUGCGCGAGCUUUACGUGGCGAUAACACACGCACAAACUUCACAGCAGGAGGUAGCGGCGGUGUUGGAAGCAUUGGGUGGCCGGAGUACUGCUACCAAGCCGAUCAUCUCUCUAUGACGGCGAAGGCGAGGCUGAGUAGGAGCAUAAGGGGGAUGGUGGAGAGGUCGGCGGCACAGAGGCGGUCGACGAGGGUGAGCGACCACCACACCAUGGCUAGGAUCUUCCACCCACAAAGGAUGUUGAGCGUGGAGUUCGCCGGAGGAGGAGAAGUGGGGGAGGAUGAGAAGACAUGGCCAUGGGAGUUUGGAUUGGAUUUAGCCAUGGCGGAAAUAGAGGGUGGAUUGGAAGAGGAAAAGGUAGAUCAAAAAGUUAAGAGGUUUAAGGUAUCUUCUUCGGUCAUCGUUCCACCUUCUUUCAGUUCAUCUGCAUCAGCAGCGACGGCGACGACGGUGGAGAAGAUAAGCUAACUGUGUAGGUCUGCAAGAUAAGAUGCUUCCAUGCAAAGUAUCAAAAAUCCUUCUUUUUUAAAGUAUAGCUUAGUCUGCUUCUAAAUAUAAAUCAUGAAACUUAACUGAACUUUGAAUGGGAACUUUG